AUGACCUCGCGCAACCCGAACGCCCUGGCCGAGGCGCAGUCAUCGUCGGAGAUGUUCGACGUGAUGUGCCCUCCGACGGCGGGCUUCGACGUGUACAAGGAUCGCCCCGUGCCCACGGGCGAGUCCAAAACCAGGGGUGUCGUGCACCAGCGAAAGAUCUGGCACAGGAGCGUGCACGUGUGGCUCGUCGAUCCCAAACGAUCGUUGGUCGCCCUGCAGAAGCGCUCGCCGAACAAGGACACGUUCCCAAAUCGGUGGGACAUCAGCGCGGCGGGACACAUCGGAAGCGGGGACGAGUCACGGCCGACCGCGGUGCGCGAACUCGCCGAGGAGCUCGGGGUGAUUUGCGUCGAAGAAGAUUUGGAUUUUUUGGGCACGGUGCCGGCGGAGCAGGCGGACCUCGGGGGAUGCAACUGCUUCGAGGACAUGUACGUGCUGCGGUGCGACUCGGAGUCCAUCGCGUUCGCGGUGGGCGAGGCGGAGGUGAGCGCGGUCGCCUGGAUGCCGGUGAAAGAGUUGGAGGAAAAACUCGCGGCGAGCGAUCCGUCGGUGGUGCCGAGGACGCCGACGUACCGAGACGCGUUCUUCCGACACCUGCGAGACGAACACGGCUGCGCGUGGUGA